UCGUCUUCUUAUUCUCCCUACGAAAUAUUAGUUAUGUUAGAUAGGACUACAAUUUCAAACGUAUGUUUAUGAAUAAAUGAAUGCUUACUAUAAUCUUGGCAAAAGAAAUAACGCACGUUCUUUCCUGCGCGCUGGUCGGACCACAUGUAAAGUUAUUACAUAUAUACAUAUAGAUAUACAGCCAAAGUCUGGUGCCGUAGAAUCUUUAAUAUAAUAGUGAAAAAAAAGUCAAAGAAACAAAUAUACACCAAUGCAAAUGGAGGAAAACGUCCAAAUGAAAGAUUCCAUUGAACCAGAGAAUAAAGUGUCGACAGAAAAAAUCGAAAAAGAAGAGAAAAUGCAGGUGAAUUUAGAGGUUAUCGAAGACAUAGAGACUACAACUUCGCAACAACCGGUUUACCAAAUACGACCUCAACUACACGACAAGUUUAAACCUUUAAACGCAAAAGAGGUAAUACAUAAUGUAUUAUUCGAUCAGCUUUCUGCAAAAACUUAUGAUUCGGGAGAAGCUGUUCAAUGGACUAAAGAUAUAGCAGAUAUAAUUAGAGAGAAAGUUAAAGAUUUAAACUUCAAACGUUACAAAUAUAUUGUAAAUGUUGUUUUGGGUGAACAACAUGGAGCAGGGGUAAAAAUGGGUACAAGAUGUAUUUGGGAUGCGGAAGCUGAUAGUUAUGCUUAUGAUAGUUUUGUGAAUCAUUGGAUACAUACAAUGGGUACAACUUUUUCAGGACACUAUAUUCUGUGUGGCUACUGUGUAUGCUGUAUAUUUUUACUAGAGAUGGUAUGCCUUCAAAUGUUCUCUGACAAAAUUCGCUACUUUUGAUAAGACUAUUUAUAAAGUGUCACGGAUGUUGGAGGAAAAUAAAGAGCGAUUGGAUUUAUAGGGGAUUUGGAUGCUAUCGUUGAAAGUACAAGCUGCUGUUAUUACUUGUUUAACACGCUUCUUAUAUAUAUCGGCCUGGUACUAUUUUUUUACAUAUAUGUAUAUAAAGAUAGUAUUUGUAUUCAUGUAUUUUAUAACACACUUAGAUGUAUUGCAACGAGUGUGCACUAUAUUUACAUGUUUGUGUUUCCUAGAAUUAUUAUAGCACCAUAAUUCACAGUAUUAUCUUAAAAUAACAAAGAAAUUUUUAGUUACGUUUCGUUAAAAACAGUUAAGUUUGUGGCUAUGACAUUUAAUUAAAUUAUUUUCACCAACGUUGCUCUAAACUACCGAGAGUAAUUACUAAUAUUAUUAUUGUAUUACACGUUUCAAGCACGAUAUAUGGACGUUUCAUAUCCAUUCGUUACGUAUGUAACAAAUUAAAUUAUAUUUCGAAUAUAAUUUGAAUUUUGUUUAAAUAUAUAAACAACUGUUGGUAUGUGGUACAUAGAUACCUAGUUAUUGUAUAAGAGGAAGUUAGCAGUCCAAUUGGACUACAAGUACAAAUUUUAUAUGCUUGAUAAUAUAUUGUACAUACAAUAAUAUUGUUUUAAUAAUAUAACGAUACAAAAGGAUGUAUGUAUAUUUAUA